UAAUAAUAACGGCAAUUGUUUGAGCUGCAAAAAAUGGUCAAUAAUAUCAUUAUCUAUAAUCGGUUUUAUGGCCACUGUUAUUACAAUUAUUGUCACUAGUAGGGCACGGUUAGAUGAAUUGGACAGCCAUGAUGAUAAGGAACGGGUUAAGAGUGAAGUAGCUAUCAUAGUAACAAUGGGCACAAUAUCGGCCAUUAUCAGCACAUGUGGCGUAUUUGUGGUCAUCCGUGAGCACUACUACCUGACCCUUGUAUACACCCUAAUCAUUGUAGUCGAUGUGUUCAACAUGUUGGGCGCCUCCAUCAAAGGUCAUCCAGCUUUCUGGGGUGUCGUAGCCUUGAACACACUGAUAGCUUAUUUAGCGUACGAGUAUAGUCGUGCUAUCAGACARCGUAACCGCUACCGGCUGUCCAUCGAUACGGCCAAUGUGGCCACUGAGCAAACUGAUGUGACAAAUAUUGGGUAUCCGGCACCGGGUUAUCCUGAGUUUGCGUCCCAACACCCGGCCAACCAGCUACUAAUCAAUCAUGUUGUCAAUCCAGCUUAUGUCGAUACUGGUGUAUACCAUGAUGAUUCAGUACCAUUACGUCAUCAAACUACCGGUGCUUCAUCAUCAGGUUAUGGUGCCAUAUAACAUAUAUCAGCAGUGUGUGUGUGUGUGUGUGUGUGUGUAUGCGAUGAUUAUAUGCUAAUGUUUUAACAAAACCAAAACUAUUAUUUGUAUUUAUUUUGUAUUUAUUAAAAUA